AUGGCUGUCGGGAAGAACAAGAGGAUCUCCAAGGGACGUAAAGGAGGAAAGAAGAAGAUUGUUGAUCCUUUUUCCAAGAAGGAUUGGUAUGACGUUAAGGCUCCUUCUUUAUUCACCAAUAGAAAUGUUGGGAAGACACUUGUCUCAAGGACUCAGGGUACCAAGAUUGCCUCUGAGGGAUUGAAACACAGGGUUUUUGAGGUUUCUCUUGCUGAUCUUCAAGUAGAUGAAGAUAAUGCAUACAGGAAGAUCCGUCUCAGAGCUGAAGAUGUUCAGGGAAGGAAUGUGUUGACCCAAUUCUGGGGUAUGGAUUUCACUACCGACAAGCUGAGGUCAUUGGUGAAGAAGUGGCAGACUUUGAUUGAAGCUCAUGUUGAUGUGAAAACCACAGACAGCUACACCUUGAGACUGUUCUGCAUCGCCUUCACUAAGAGGCGUCCUAACCAGGUCAAGCGUACUUGCUAUGCUCAAUCCAGCCAAGUCCGCCAGAUCCGCAGAAAGAUGAGGGAGAUAAUGAUUAGGGAGGCUUCAUCUUGUGACCUCAAGCAGCUCGUGGCCAAGUUCAUCCCUGAGGCCAUUGGAAGAGAGAUUGAGAAGGUUACACAGAACAUCUACCCGUUGCAGAACACGUUUAUCCGUAAAGUCAAGAUCCUCAAGGCUCCCAAGUUCGACCUCGGAAAGCUCAUGGAGGUGCAUGGAGAUUACACAGCAGAGGAUGUUGGUGUGAAGGUGGACAGGCCGGAGGAUGAGACAGUGGCUGAGGAACCAACUGUCCUCAUCGGAGCUUAG